CGGUCCCUGAUACAUAAUUUUGAGUUCAGUAAUUAUAGCUACUGCCCCGGCCAUUAGUGACUCUCUAUGGCACUGCUCUCUCUAAUAACCACUAACUUAAUUAAUUUACCCACAACACAUCGCAACACUAACUAAUUAACACCCACAGUAACACAUAAAAGAUCCCUAACACAUAAAUUUGAAGUGGCAACCAUGUGAGGGUCGUCUGCUGGGGAGGUCACAUGUCUCCCACGCGGCCCAUAGCACACCACCCCGGCAGGUGAUGCGGCAAAGAAGGUGAGGCAGAAGGAUGCAAAGAUACCUGUUCCACUUGGGUUACUGCGGCUCCAGGCUCAGGGGCAUCCAGAGGCAGAGUGCGGAGUUGGAGGAAUUACGAGGCAGUGUUCAGGGCCUGCUGGAGAAGGGUCUGACACUCUUGGACCCAGCCAAUGAGCCGCUUUCCUACUUCUCCAGCCGCACUGACAAGGGUGUCCACGCUGUGUGUAAUACCGCACAUGUGGACCUGCUCUGUAAGGGUGAUGGGGUAUGUUAUGAGCCUAGGAGAGUCACCCACCAUCUAAAUCGGUUCUUUAAAAUCCAUAACACUGACAUUAGGAUCCACAAGACUACACUGGUGCCACAAACCUUCCACGCGCGCUACGAUGCAGUGGGGCGAAGGUACCUCUACCGCUUGGCUGUGACGCCCGAGCACAUAGGAGGCUCGCGGAUGCACCGAGAGAAGUUUACACCAUCUGCCGAGAUCAACCGAGUGUAUCUUGUCAGGCCGCCCUUUGAUCCCGAGAGCCUGGAGCCAGUGUGUCGCCUGCUGGAGGGAACGCACGACUUUGCCUCCUUCGCCAACGCACCUCGUAAGGGCGACCCAAAGAAGGAGACUGUCCGGACGAUACACAGUAUCCGCGUGACCCCAGGCCGGCCGUCGCUGGACCCGAGUUAUGACCCUCUGUACUCGCAACUCCAGUUCUGGGACGUCACCAUCAGGGCGAGUUCCUUCCUCUACAAGCAGGUGCGGCGGACAGUGGGUGCGCUGGUGGGUGUUGCGCAGGGCCGGGUGAACCUCGAUAACAUCCAACACAUGCUGGACAAGCCCUCACACGACAACUGGAUCUGCAGUCACGUGGCUCCCCCGGACGGCCUGUAUCUUCUGGAGGUGGAAUACCCGCCCGACGUGUUCCUGGAGGCGGAGGGAGUGAGUGGAGAGGAGGUGGAAGGGGGUAAGAGAGAGGAAGUGGAAAGUGUGAGAAAAGGAGAGAAAGGAGAGGUGGAGGGGGAGAGUAAAGGAGAAGUGUGUGAGGAGAGAGGAGAGAGUGAGGGAGAGAGUAAAGAAGAGGUGGAGAGGUGAGAGAAUAGAGUGA